CGACGACACUCGAUCGGGACAGGAUUUUUUUUGGGGACGACGAGAGAUGUCGUCGAAUAAGAGGAGGAAAUUGAAUGCCGAUGUCGAAACGAAGAGUAUAAGCGCCUUCGCAGCGCGCCAGCAGCGCAAGCUCGCCACCGCAGAAGGCGCAGCAGUCGGCGCCGCAGAAGCAGUUCUCGAAGGCGAAGGCCCCGAUGAGCUGAACGGCGCGUCGUUUGUGGAGGCCGGGAAGACGUCGAGGGCGUUUCGGCUGGGGAUUGAGGGGGCGGGAGAGGCGAAGGCGGAGGAGGGGGAGUUCUCGGAUUCUUCGCCGUAUGAGGGACGGGAUGAGGUGAGGGGGUCGGGGAAGAAGUCACGUGGGACGAAUACGCCGUCUGAGCAUCCUGUGGUGGAGUUUACGACUGUGAAGGCGAGGGGGGACCGGAUUGUGCGCGAUAAGGGUGGUGGGGUGAGCGUUAGGCUUGCGCCUGGAGAGCGGGUGGUGGUUCUGGGAGAGUAUCGUCUUGCGGUUCGUAAAGGGCGGGCUACGGUGCUGGGGGCUUCGUUGUCGCCUGAUAGCACGAGACCAUAUGUUGAUGUGUAUGCUCCUUCGUCUCACUCAUUGCCUGUUAUAAGGUAUUUGGAGUCUGAGGACAACGAGGUUAUCAUUAGCUUGGGCCAGCUUAAGUCUGGGCUGAGGCCCCUGAAGAAGCUUUCGCCGUUGUUUUCUAGGUUGUGGAAUGAAAGCGCGACAGCCUUAGAUGGUGGAGUGGACUCAGAUCAAAGGAGUUCUUUUCAAAUUCUUUUCUCUACUGUAGAUGGCCCGCGGAAGAUUCCUCUUCACAAAGUCUACUCACCCCCAGAAUGGAACGAGACGUUUGCAGCAGUAUCUUCUGGUAAAUGGAACCGCGAUGGCAUAUCAAGCACGAUGAUCUGCGGCCCAAAGUCAUCUGGGAAAUCUACAUUCGCCAAACUUCUCGUCAACCGCCUGUUAACCUUAACUCCACCGCCCAAGUCCCGGUCGAAAAGGCCAGCUGGUGUAUUGCUUCUUGACCUCGACCCAGGACAGCCAGAAUACUCGCCUCCGGGGCAACUAUCUCUGGUGCACCUCCUAAAACCGAACUUUGGACCACCAUAUACACAUCCCGACGCUGAUAGUGGCGGAUGCACCGUUAUACAAGCCCAUUCAGUCUGCGCCACAUCUCCAUCAGCCGACUCGGAUCAUUACAUGGCAUGCGUGUCCGAUCUACUCAGCCAUUACCGGCACUACAUAUCUUCACACGCAGAGUGCCCCCUGAUAAUCAACACACCAGGAUGGAUUCUCGGGACCGGACUUGAACUACUCAUGGAGCUCAUCAAAAAGGCGAAGCCCACGGUGGUCAUAUACAUGUCCACCGAAGGGCCUGUAGAUGUUGUCGGGAGCCUGCGGGAAGAGGCGAGGCAGACACCAGUCAUCGAGUUGCCAUCACAGAUGAGCGAGUAUACGACUAGGACUGCAGCUCAGCUGAGGAUUAUGCAGACGAUGUCUUACUUCCAUCUAAAUAGGUCUGGUACUACGGCGCCGUGGAACUGGAGUCCGUUGGCAUCAAUGGCACCUUGGAUGGUUAAGUACUCGGGGCAGGACUCGGGAAUACUGGGGGUUAUGUGUAUUGGGGAGCAGCCGGCACCGCAGUUUCUUAACGAUGCUAUCAACGGGAGCGUAGUGGCUGUGGUCGUGGUGGACGACGAGCUUGCCAUCCGUGCAUCUGGGGAAGAGGGAGCAGAUAAUGGAGAUGGCCUCUCAUCGGACAUAUCUCCCAUGGUGGCAACCAAUACGGCAAACGAACACCUACCCUACCUCGAGCCUGGACCUAAUGGUUAUCCCGAUCCGAAGCACUGCCACUCAAUCGGCUUCGCAUUAGUGCGCGGCAUCGACACCAAAUCCAAGUGUCUGCAGCUCCUCACAGCAAUACCCCACAGGGCCAUCAGAGAACUGGCUAUCUCCAAGAAGUCGAUUGUCCUUGUUAGUGGUAAGCUCGAGACGCCGGGCUGGGCGUAUACGGAGAAACUACAUCAGAAGGCCGUUGUGGCGCUGAAUCGGCGGAAGAAAGAGCUUGGUGGACAGGUGGACGAUGAGGAGUCCGGUGAGAAGGAGAUGGAGGUGGAUGAGGACUAUAUGGACGAGUUUGAGAAUUCGCCUUGGGUUGAGCGGCUGGAGGGGCAUCGGGGGAGGGGUGCUGGGGAGAGAGUGUGGAAGGUGCGGAGGGAUCUGGGACGCAGUGGUGAUGGUGGUUGAAGCGCCACGAUCUAGAGUAGACGGCCACGUACUAUGAUAUAUUGAACUGCUAUAUACAUUUAUUUUAUAUAUCCGUACGAGUGAAUGGCCAGAGAGUUCAGCCAAGAUAAUGAAGAGGAC